CAACAUAUCUUAGUAAUAGCUGCGACCCCGCAACACCUUGCAAGUUAAUUAUAGAUGUGAUCUAUUUCCACCCACUAUGGCUCGAGCGAUGACCAAAAUGUGGGAAAAAUAUUGCCUACGUCCCGUCCAGUACUCCACUCCGACUUUCAUCCCGGUUUUCCUCUAUGGGACUGCCUGGAAGAAAGAUCGGACAGCCGAUCUCGUCUACACCGCGGUCAACGCCGGCUUCCGCGGCAUCGACACAGCAGCUCAACCGCGACACUACCAGGAGCCAUUAGUCGGCGAUGGAAUUCGCAGGGCAAUCGCGGAAGGGGUGGUGCGACGAGAGGACCUCUAUGUGCAAACCAAAUUUAGUCCGGUCUCCGCUCAAGAUCCGGAUAACAUGCCGUAUGAUGCCAAUGCAUCUCUGACGGAGCAGGUUCAUGCAUCAAUCAAAUCAUCUUUAUACAAUCUUCGACCAUCAGCUGAUGCGAGUAGCGUGGACGAAGCCUACAUUGACACAGUGGUCGUUCAUAGCCCGUUGCGGACUAUUGAGCAAACCGUCGAGGUAUGGGAGGCUUUGGAGACCUAUGUGCCCCAUCGGAUUCGCAACUUGGGAAUAUCCAACUGCCCUCUACCGGUGCUCCAUGCUCUUUGUACCUUGCCUGUGGUCAAGGUGAAACCUGCAGUUGUGCAGAAUCGAUUUUACGAGGAUACCCUUUAUGAUGUUCCGCUCCGGUCAUUUUGUCGCGAGAAAGACAUCAUCUAUCAAAGCUUCUGGACUUUGACUGCAAAUCCAGAGCUUUUACGAUCAGGACCUGUGCAGAAACUUGCUGCUUACGUGGAGAUCAGCCCCGCAGCUGCGCUAUAUGCGCUCGUGAUGGGACUUGGUAACAUUACUAUACUGAAUGGCACCAAGAAUGAGUCCCGCAUGGCAGAGGACUUGGUUAGCCCGAAAAAGGUGGAAGAGUUUACACAGAACCAGCCAGCUGAGUGGCAGGCAUUGCUGAAAAAUUUCCAGGAACUCGUUGGCGAUGAUGCCACAAGCUAGGAUGUAAGCUAAGC